CAGUUCACGGGGCAGAACAGAAGGGAGCUGGGUAAAUUCCGGUCCAUUCCGCCAACCUCCCUCCCGUCCCGUCCCAUUCGCCGCUCCCACUGCACACUGCGACUGCUUGCGCAGUGGUACUAGCUCGCUGCUCCGCCCCCCGCCGCCGGCCAAUGCUCGCCGCCGCUCCCCCGUAGGAAUCCCAUAUCUUUGCUGAUGUUGUGAUGCUUGGAGGUAGUGGUUCUAGUGAGAAGAAGACAAUGAUCAACUUGUUCGACCUGAGUACGGGGAUGGCCAGCACGAAGGCGCUCGCUGACAGAACUCACAGAGAAGAUUCUCCUGUUCGUAGAGGCCGGACAGAUAUCAAAAGAACCGUUGAUCCUGAUAAAGUUUGUAUAGAGGAUAAACUGGAGGCCAGUACUAGGAGUUCUUUAAGCAGCAAAUCAGAUGCAUCACCCAUGAAGAAGCUACUAGCAAACGAGAUAGCCAAAGAAGUGGAAUCAAAGAGGAAACCACCAAGUGUUGUUGCCAGAUUGAUGGGGCUUGAAGAUGAUCUACCUGCUCAAGAACAGGCAUUACAUUCUCCCAAAAGAAAUUUGAGGAGAAGUCAAUUGUAUGAUGAUUAUGCAGCAACAAAGAGGACCCUGCAGCAGCAAGAGCAGCGCCUCUACAACAAAACAACACGGGGCAAACACAUAGGCCCCAAGGAAACAGUAGAAUUUAAGGAUGUGUAUGCAGUCUGCGAAGAACCAUUAAGAACCCAUCAUCUUCAGGACCAAACUUCUUCAGGAGGGAGGUCUUCACAACACAAGAGCGACGCAAGGAUUGAAGUUGUUCGACAAAAGUUCAUACAAGCAAAACGCCUUGCCACAGAUGAAAAUUUCCUUCAUUCAAAGGAGUUUCAAGAAGCCCUCGAGGUUCUAAGUUCAAAUAAGGAUCUCUUUCUAAAGUUCCUUGAAGAACCAAGCUCUGUUUUCUCGAACCCGCUCUAUGGACAAAACACAAUGCCUGCACCACCUCAGACAAAGCGCAUUACUGUGUUGAAACCAUUUAAAUCUGCUGAGAAUAUAGGGGCAAGAGAAACCAGAACACACCGAGUUGAUGAAGAAAAUGAGUUUGUAAUGGGAAAGUCUCACAAGAGAUCUCAUUCAGCAGAAGAUACCUUCUCGAAGCCAAACAGGAUAGUGGUCCUAAAGCCGAAUCCUGGGAAGCCUAACAGAACACACGCCAGGCUAACUCCCAGAUCAUCUCCAUUUGAACCUCAAGAGUCACUGCUGUCUUCUGUAUACUCAAAUGGGUAUAAUGGAGAUGAGAGCUCUUUAAGUAGGUCAGAAGCUGAUAACAUUGAUGAAGAUGGUGGUAGCCUAAGUGACUCAGAGGUAGUCAGUCCAGUGUCGCGGCAUUCAUGGGAUUAUAUCAAAAGAUAUAGCAGCACUUACUCAUCUUCAACUCAUAGCAGGGCAUCUCAUUCACAUUCAGCUGAGUCAUCUGUGAUCAAAGAAGCCAAAAGGCGACUUUCCGAGAGAUGGACAACGGUAGCAUGUGAUGAAAUCAGUCAUCAAGAAGUAAAGUUGCCAAGGACCUCAAGAACUUUGGGUGACAUGCUCUCCAUCCGAGAAACUGAGAAAGAAGAAAAUGUUGCUGUAAUAAACUCCGCUUCAAGUAGCCGGUCUUGUGGCAAAGAAAACGAGUUGGCCAUGCAAUCUAGUUGCGUAUCUAUAUUAAGAGAGGAUGAAACUGGGGAGAGCUCUCCAAGAAAUUUAGCGAGAUCAAAAUCUCUCCCGGUGUCAUCAGCAAUAUUUCAUAACAUGGUGGUGUCUGCAAAUUCUGAAGGCUGCGAAACGCCGAAGGUGGAUACAAGGCAAGGUAAAGGAAAAUUAUCAUUCAAGGGGAAAGUAUCAAGUUUUUUCUUCCCUAGAAGUAAAAGGCUGGCAGAAGAGAAAACCAUCCUGCCAUCUGAUAGCGCCGGUCUGAAGGUUGAAGUCACUUUUCUUGAGGACAAGCGAUCAGAGACCAAUAGUGACCUUCAGUUUGAUGAGCGAAUGGCAUUUUGCAAGGACAAAGCUGACAAUUUCACCAUACAAACAGAUUGUUCUUUAAACCAGGAGGAUGUUGGUUCCAUGGAAGCACCUGUGUCUUCUGACUGCCCAAGUGGAUGUACCGAUGAACCUAUAUCAAGCGGUAGCCUAAAAUGCAUGCGCGAUCAGCCUAGUCCUACUUCAGUUUUUGAUGCAUCAUUUGAAGAUAGCAGCACUAAUGAACCUGAAUCGUCAAAAAGCACCAGUGCCUGCAAUGAGAGAGUUGCCUUACGAUCUCCUGCAAUUGAGUCUGUUCCCCGCUUGUUAUCAUGGGAGGGCACAUACUCGCAUUCGCCAUUACACAUGCAUUAUCUGAAUUCCUCUAAUGCAGAGGAUAAUGAAUCAGAAUGUUAUGCCCUUGUACAGAAGAUAGUAUCAUCUGCUGGAUUAGGCAACCUACAAGUGAGUAUGGUUUUCACAGGUUGGCAUUUGGCCGAUUGCCCUCUCGAUCCCGCACUGUGUGACAAGUUCCUGGACCGCAAGGAGGAGGCCGCUAAAUCGAGGGAGCGUAGGUCGAACCAAAAGCUUCUCUUUGAUUGUGUAAACAUGGCAUUGGUUGAGACUGGCCAGGAAGCCUUGCUAAGAACCUACCCAUGGGGUAAAGCAUGCUUUGGAGCACGGAGCGAGGCAUUGUCUCAAGAUCUAGGGGAAGAAGUAUGGAGCCACGUGAGGGAUUGGCUCUACGGGGCGGAGAGGUUCGCGGCAAACGAGUACGGCGAUGCUGCAAUGAUGCUGGAAAGAAUCGUGCACCAAGAGGUGGAAGUAGGGGGCUGGAUGAAAUCAGCGAGGUCGGAAGCGGAUGAGAUCACGAAACAGAUCGCAGAUGGUCUGUUGGAGCAGCUAAUCGGAGAAGCCGCGGCGGAUCUUGCAUUUCGUUUGCCACAGCAAGGUGUUCCAAUGCCAGUGCCAGAUCUCUAGGAAGCAACUGCCCUGUGUGUUCAUGCUCCUAUCAUAUCAGAGCUGGUCUUGAAUCUGUUGUGCUGAGAGAAUCCUUGAGCAUCUUCUUCAUACUACUACUAGCUUGUAAGCCAAGUCCACGUAGUAGUUGCUUCUGCAUAUACUUGUAGUGGCACACUGCAGAUUGUGCUACAUCCCUUUUUGGUCAAACCAUGUCAACUGUGCAGCAACUAGUUUUUCCUUGUUACUUUCACAGUAGUAGCAUAUUGUACUGUCACCAGCAGCAUGUGGUUUCAGUAUAUUCUAACUCUCUGUUAAAGGAAAGGAAAUACAGUAUUUUGCAAGACCCA